AUGGAGUUCAUGUACCGACUACGGGACAGGUACAACUGCGAUGAUAAUUUGGGGCCCAAUUUACAAUUUGUUCAUAUAAUAAAGUUCUCCCAGAAAAAUGAAAAUUCCAAAGGAUUGCCAAUCAGAAGGUUCCAGCAUGUGCUGGCAUUGAUUUUUGCCUUGGAAGAUAUUAACCAUAACUCCCAGCUACUACACAAUGUGUCAUUGCAAUUGCAUCCCAUUUCUAAGAUUUGUCAGAGUUUUUCUGUAUUUGGUAUUUAAGAUGAAAUUCCAAAUCUCACGAAGGAUGCUCCGAACUAUAUGUGUGAGCAGAAACUAUGUCAGAUAGCACUUACAGGACACUCAUGGGCAGGAUCUGCCAGACUAGGACCGCUCAUGCAGCUCUAUGUAAGGCCACAGAUUUCCUACGGACCAUUUCAUCCUACACUAAGUGACCGGGAGAAGUUUCCUUAUCUUUAUCAGGUGGCCCCCAAGGAUACAAACCUGCCCCUUGCCAUGGUCUCCUUGAUGCUUCAUUUCAGCUGGACAUGGGUGGAGCUGUUCAUCUCAGAUGAUGACCAAGGCUUUCAAUUUCUCUCUAAUCUGAGAGUAGAAAUGCAAAGAUAUGGCAUCUGUUUAGCAUAUGUAAAUAUGAUCCCUGUAAACACAGAUAUAUUAUUGACAGCUCUUAUAAAUUUGCGUUAUCCAAUCUUCACAUCAUUGGCAAAUGCUGUUGUCAUUUAUGGUAACAUUAACCCUAUUAUGGAAAUGAGCUUUAGAAAAUGGGAAUGUUUAGGAAUAUGGAGAAUCUGGGUCACCACCUCACAGUGGGAUCUCCUCCCAUGUGAGGGAGAUUUCAUCCCUUAUCCAUUCCGUUGGUCUUUCACUUUCGUACACCACCAUGGUGAGAUUUCUAGUUUAAAAACUUUUAUCCGGACAAUGAACUUUUCCAAAUAUACAGAAAACUUUAAUUCUCUAAGAACAAGGUGGAUGGGUUUUAAUUGUUCUCUCUCCAAAUCAUACUAUGAAACACUGAACAACUAUUCUUCCAACCCUUCACUGGAGUGGUUUUCAAAGCACAGCUUUGACAUGGACAUGGAUGAAGAGUUUUACAACAUCUACAAUGCUGUGUAUGCUAUGGCCCAUGCCCUCCAUGAAAUGAUUCUUCAACAAGUAGAUUCUCAGAGGAUAGGAAAUGAGUUUAUGAAAUAUGGUUCAUGCACUCAGACACACUUAUGUGAGACAUCUCAUGAAAAAGGGAGCUGUACUGAUGAGUCUUUGCUCUCUACCUCAGACACGGAGCAGUGUGUGAAGUGUCCAGGUGACUAGUACACCAAUGUACAGCAAACCAACUGCCUGCAGAAAUCUGUGAGCUACUUGUCUUAUGAAGACCCCUUGGGGAUGACUCUUGUGUGCUGGGCACUAGGCUUCUCUGUACUCACAGUUCUUGUUCUUGGGGUGUUUUGGAAGCACCAAGACACUCACAUCGUGAAAGCCAAUAACCACACCCUCAGCUACGUCCUGCUCAUCUCCCUCAACUGCUGUUUUCUCUGCUCCUUGCUCUUCAUUGGACGUCCCAACACUGUUACCUGCAUCCUGCAGCAGAUCACAUUUGGAGUUCUCUUCACUGUUGCUGUUUCCACUGUCUUGGCCAAAACAGUUACUGUGGUCCUCGCCUUCAAGGUCACCACUCCAGGAAGAAGGAUGAGGGGGCUGCUGGUAUCAGGGGCACCUAACUUCAUCAGUCCCACCUGCACCCUGGUCCAAAUUACUCUCUGUGCAGUGUGGCUAGGAACAUCUCCUCCCUUUAUUGACACAGAUGCACACUCUGAAUAUGAACACAUCAUCAUGGUCUGCAGCAAGGGCUCAGUCACUGGCUUCUACUGUGUCCUGGGAUACCUUGGAUCUGUAGCCAUAGUGAGCUUCACUGUUGCUUUCUUGGCCAGGAACCUGCCUGACACCUUCAAUGAAGCCACGUUCCUGACCCUCAGCAUGCUGGUGUUCUGUAGUGUGUGGGUCACCUUCCUCCCUGUCUACCAAAGCAGCCAUGGAAAAUUCAUGGUGGCUGUGGAAGUCUUUUCAAUCCUGGCCUCCAGUGCUGGGUUAUUGGGUUGCAUCUUUGUCCCCAAGUGCUACAUUAUUUUGCUACAACGAGAUAGAAUUUCUCUUCCCAAGGUCACAUACAAAAUCAAUUCUUGA